AUGAAAAAAGUUACAUCUCGUUGGGUAUCCCAUGAACUAACUGAUGAACAAAAACAACAACGAGUUCAACUUUGUCGUGAAAAUUUGGCCAAAUUUCAAACUGGUUCUGGGCGAUUAUGUGAUAUUAUAACAGGUGAUGAAACAUGGAUUUACCAUAGACAGAUUUAUCACAAGUCAAAGAACGCAAGCUGGGUUGGCGAAGGUGAAUCACCAACUACUGUAGUUCGUCGAAGCAGAUUUGAACCAAAAAAUUUAUUUUCUAUUUUCUUUAAAUCAAAUGGUCCUGUUCUUAUACAUUGUGUUGAUGAAGGCAAGACUAUAGAUCACAACUACUAUAUUGAAAAUUGCCUCAAGCCUGUUGUCAAGGAAAUAUUGAAGCAAAGAAGGUCAGCAGGUACACAAGGUAUCAAAUUGCUUCACGACAAUGCUCGACCCCACACUCAUUCUGAUGUUAUUAAUUAUUUAACAGAACAACAUAUCAAAAUAAUGCCACAUCCACCAUAUUCACCUGACCUUGCACCAUGUGAUUAUUGGCUUAAUGAUUACAUCAAGUGUAAUUUAAGUGAUCAACCAAAUGAAAAAUCAUUAGCUCGUGCGGUAUCCAAGGUGGUGAAAAAUAUUCCUGAAGAAGAAUAUAAAAAAACUUUCGACAAACUGUUAGAAAGGAUGGAACUUUGUAUAAAUAAUCAUGGGGACUAUUUUGAACAUUUAAUAAAAUAA